CCCUUGGUGACCUUCAAAGUCUACCAGGUGCUUUGGCUUUAGACGCUGCUUAGGUGGGAUGAAAAGCGUGCUGACUCGCCGUAGGCUGUCCUGUUCGUCGUCCGGCUCGGACCAAGAUGCCUUCGCAAAUGCAGUUAUUAGAGUCGGUGAGGAUUUCCAGGUCAACCUUCCUCCUAUCAAAGACGAACCACCUUCAAAUGAUGCAGAAGCAAUACAUCGUGGAAUACUUAUGUGGCGUCCGAUACCUGAAAGCCUUAACGACCGCUUAGAGAAAUUCUUGGACACUGCUACUAAGGUCUUCAGUUAUGAAGAGGAUCAGGCUCUUGCCCUACUCACAUGGCACCAAAUCGAUUUUGAUCGGGCUUGGGCUGAUCUUGAAAAUUUUAACCCUGUGAAAAAGAAAUGGAAAGAUUCCGAGAAACGAGUAUUUUUCAAAGCUGUAGAUCAUUAUAAUAAGCAGUUUCAUGAAAUAAAAAGGCUUUUUCCCAAUCGUUCAGUCAAGGAACUGAUCCUUUUCUACUAUUUAUAUAAAAAAAUCAGACAAACCCUACAAGAGAUGACUUUGUAUGGAACAAAAUGGUUUUGUCUUGUCGAAUUAGGCUUUGUGAAACCAUCUCCGUUUCUACCACCAAAUGUUAAGUCAAUUAUUCCUGACGAGAGAAAUGACGACUGCUUCGAUAUGAGCGAUCCAUUUGAUGUUAAAAUGAAGCGACAUUUGGAUAUGAUGGUACGUGGAAAAGUUGAAGAGCCUGAUGACUCAGAUUGUGAUACGGAAAACAGUGCCUUGAGCACUCAGUCAGACUCCGAGGCAGAAGUAUAUACACCAUACUUAUUAGCCGAUUCGGAGAAUGUAGAACAACAACAAAGUGGUGAUGUGCGAAAUAAUUCAAGAAAAGAUUUGAUAAAUCCUAGUCGUAAUCGCCAGAGACCCUGUGGUAAAGGUCGGGGUUCAGCAGCCAAUACAACUGUGUUAUCUCAAUCGUCUAUAAAUUUACCUACUGGUGAUUUGAUUUCACCCAAUCGUUUGUCUGUACGUAGACAUGGACGCUUCGAAGAGGAAAUAGCUGCUGCCGCGGUGGCUGCUGCAACAGCUUCUUCUAGUACUCAGUCAAAUGGAGCGAAGAAGGAUGAAAGAAGUUAUGCUUUUGGAGGUCCCAUUAGACGUAGUUCUCGCAGAGGAAUUCUGUCUAAAAGGGCGCCUUAUGACUCCAGAACGAGACUACCUCCUGGAGUCUAUUAUUCACAUAAGGAAUUUCUGCGAAUGUGUAAUUCUACUCCAGAAGAGUACAUUAAAGACAAGUACGAAUCGAUUGCUACAUUAAUUGAUUUAUCCAAUCCAUUGGACGAGCAAAUCAAGGAACAUGCUGAAAAGGAAAAGGAAGUACUUGACGGCAUUUCAGCUUUCAAACCUCCUGAAUUGCCAAUAGUAAGUUAACCUAUUGAUAAUUGCUGUACAUUUGUUUCACCAUCAUCAUGAUAUCUACGUUUAAUGCUCUUAAGAAUCAUACAUAAUAUUGUACACAGAUCCGCCAACUGAGAUUUGAACAGACAGGUCUUGUUAUCUUAUUCAUCCACAUGGAUAUGUAGCUGAUACGAAGCUUUACACGGUGGCCUACAUUGUGAAAAUGCAACUUGAUUUCCACCUUUGUUAAUUGUGACAACUUAAACUAUUGCACUUUUGUAUGGAUUUCCACGUUGAACCCUGUCGGUUGGCUUUUUAUCUCCGUUUCGUCGUCAGCAUAUAUGUGCGCGGAGCAGAGUGCGGUUUCAGAAGAAGCAGUAGGUAGUACUCGUUUACUGCCUUUCUUCACUGAUAGAUUAUGGCAACGUUAUCCGUUCGAGUCCAUCGUUGGUUCAGUGGGGUUGGGUUGGGGGUCCCUAGGUUAGACAAUGUUAUUCCCGAUGUUUGAAAUUAGCACUGGCCAAGAAGAAAUGAUUAUAUAGAGAGGAGUGUUCAAGAUUAUCAACGCUGUCACUUCAUCAGUAUGGAACUGUGUAUAGUUGCCAUCAUUGUAUACUUUUUCGACUGGCGCGCAAUUCCCGUACUUAUGCACUGAUUGUUGAAUAAUCAUCCUUGUCGUAAGUCCAACCGAAUCUGGUGUGAUACAAUAGUGUCGAUAGUCCAACAGCUUCUUAUAGAUAAGAUAUAAGUAUCAUUCAAUUUUAUGUAUUAUGGUAUUUUCGUCUUCUGUAAUUUCCACUAAUGCUUUCAUCCCCUUUACUACUAUUUUUUUUUAGCUUAGAGGAUUCAUUUUUCAGUAUAUAAGCAUUUCAUAUUUAUGUAUUUACCAUUUAUAUGUCCUUGUAGGAUCCCAAUUGGAGCCCCGUGGAU